GCUCUUGCCCCGCGAGGAUCGUUCAGUGAACGAGGCGGAGCGGUUUCGAGCGGUCCCGAAACAAUUGGCGGUGCUCCUCGCGGUGCUCAUAGUGCUCAAGACUCAGGUGAAUUAGCAGUCAGCCUUGUCAUCGAGCGGUUCGCUCGCGUACGCAAGUGCGGGCGUAGCGAGCUCGCAGUGAUAAGAACGUUUAUUACGCCGCCACGUAGGGGAUACGGACGUACGUAGACAAACGCGCGACGAGCGCGACGUAAGGCGCUUCUCCCUGGGGCAUCGACGACGCGAGGGUGCGCCAGGGAGAUCCGGAGGACGGGAGGGACGGAGGGGAGAGCAGGCGACGGGGAAGGAUGUCGAUGCGCCGUCGGUGGUCGGUUUCGGGGGUUGAUUCGCGCCGCGGGGGCGAUGAGCGCGCUUCCCUCCGCCCUGAGACUGACCUCCUGCUGCUGCUGCUGCUGCUGGCUCCUGCUGAUCUGCCUCAUCGUCUUCCUAAUACCUGCGCCCUGCACCAGCGAUACGCCGCAGCAGAUGAUAGUAAGCCGAACUCGAAAAUCGGCAGGUGAUAAUGACGCGAUAUACGAAUCCAGCUACCUUGACGACGAUGCCGAGGUCUACGAGGAAGAGCAGAUAUCCAACGGAAAUGACGAGCUCGAGGACGACUGGCUCGAUGGGAAUAUUACUGAGGAAAAAGGACGAUACUUGGGCUCACUUUGCGACAGCGAGUGCAAUUCCGAGCUGCAGCACGUGUUCUGUGAUUCAAUCACUGGCCACUGCGAAUGCGAAAAGUUCUAUCCCGUUCGUCUCGGGCCUACCAAGGGAUGUGCCAAACCCAAAAAACUCGGAGAGCAGUGCUUCUAUCGUGCGACAUGCACUUUUGCGGAUCAGCAUUCGACGUGCACGCAGGUUCAACACAAUGCAGUAUGCGAUUGCGAGGAGGGAUAUCACAGGGUUGCUCUGUCUAGGCCUAAUAAAAAAGUCUUUUGCGCGGAAGAUCAGGUGGUGAUAACUACGGACCUUCCGACUCUACUCUGCAUAGCGUCGGGGAUAGCCAUCUUUACGGCGAUGAUAUGCUUCGUACUCAAACUAUUCAGCCGGGCGAGGUAUACAAGGCCGCGCCAUUACGCCAAUGCCAAUCAUGCGCCACCCAUGCUGUUUUCUAGUGAUACAGGCAUACCGCUGACGCUGCACGGACGACCGUCGUCGCGAUCGAGCCAGCGGAGCAGCAACGCCGGGGCCCUCAGUUGCGCGUUCACCAGGAGGCCCAGCAGCGGUGGUAGCCGCGGACCCCUGGUACCGGCGUCCAGAGCAGGUGCGGCACGGGCCGCCGCUAUCUUGCUUAUAUCGUGUCACCUGCAGGCGACCAAAGAGGACAACAAGCACCGACGUACCCUUAGUGACGUGGCCGAGGGAUCAACCGACGCCACGAUCGGUUCCCGUCGACCCAGCUUAGCAUCGGUUCAUAGUUCGACAUCCUCGUCUCGAAGCUACAGCGCGCGUCGGCUCGAGAAGGAGAGGAACGACAAGGAGCAACGCCAGGUGCUUCAGGAGCUGCGGCUUGCGAAGCAACGAGAUCAAAUGCAGCAGCAGCAGCAGCAGCAGCAACAGGUGGUACCAACGCCCAGCCCUAGGACUCCGCAUUCUACGGACGAACUGCUGCCUUCGGUCGAAGAAGGGAAGGAAGUCUUUUAUAACGAGCAAGUGCCGACAACAUCAGAGAUACCAAAGAUCAUCCCGACGACGAUGACGACGACGACAACGUCGACGACGAUGACAACGUCGACGACGACGACGACGACGACGUCGACGACGACGACGACGACGACGACGACGACGACGACGACGACGACGACGACGCCGACGAUGACGACGACGACGACGAUGUUAACAACGGCGAUAACUUCCAAUGCAAAUACAACCCGAAUGGGCGAGAUCGCGCCUAUGGCAACGCCAACGAUCAUUUUUGGCACGAGCAUUGCACCACGGGCUUCCGAUGACAUUUUUCAAGUGUAGUCUUCAUCGAGUAUAACGACGGAGUCGAUGAACUCUCAAUUUAUUAACGACCUUUUUAUUGUAUUUGCAAGAAUCAUCCGCAAUGGCAUCAAGAUGGAGAUGCGUACGUAGAAGACGCGAAGAACACACUUGCGAAUAAAUUACGAAACUCUUAAUAUCAAUAGAGAUAAAUGUCGAGAGUAAACUAAAACCGUAUUCUGCCCGCGUUAAACAGUCAGCUUAUGACAUGUAGAAACUAUUCACAUAAAAAACAGACUUCUUCCCAGAUAAUAAUCUCGCAAUUUGCAAUUUUAUAAUUCUCUCUCUCUCUCUCUCUCUCUCUCUCUCUCUCUUUUAUUUCUCUCUCUAUUUAUAUUUUUAUUUUGAAAAAUAUAAGCGCCAAUUUAAGUUUGUACAUUGUAAAAAUAAAGAAAAAUUAGCUGACAGAGAUGUGAACUUAAAAUCCUUUAGCCUCACUUCUAGCACUUAGCGUGCUACAUUACUCUCAUUAUUAUUUCAGUUGUCCAUAAAUAUUACAAAGGGCCACUUUGGUUCUUCCUACUUUUCGACUAUAUUUUAUUUCUUUAUUUUAAAGUACAACAAUUUACACAUUCGAGCAUAAGUUCAGAAUAAUAUCAUCAAUAUAUAUUUAACUCAACUUAAUCUAUUUUAAUGCAUAAUCAUUGAAAUUUUUAAUUUAUCCUUUUCUUUCACGUAGCAUGUACUAUAUUGAAAAUCAAUACUUUACAGCUGACUUUAUAACGCGGACAAAGUAUUAAUGCAGAUACAGGGCACUUUCUGGAUGAAUGUACUUGGGCACAAGUGUACUUAACGAAUUAGAAGGUGGCAACAUACAUAUUUUUACUCGAUACUUGCACAGAUAAAAAUUUACGAAUGCAAUUGAAAAGAGAGCAAGAUUUAAUGGUAUAAUUAAGUAACGCGAUCAGAGUGCAAUGAUAGAUACGAACCUUUUUGAAUGCCUUGAUAGUUAAACAGACAAAAACAUCGGAAGCGUUUACAUCUGUAUAUAAAUGAGAGAAAAAAAUUUACGCUUAAUGUGCAAGAAUUCGAAAUUAAUGACAGACAAAUCCGAGAUAAACUGAAAAAGAAGAGAGAGCGUUUCAAUGCUCUAAAUAACUGAACUGAGAAAUCGUAAAUAUUCGCUAAAUAAAUCCCUUUGGUAUAUGAGAAUUUUUAUUUGUACAAAUGUAUGAUCUUACAAAGCUCAGCAAAGGCUGUUUUUAGAAAUCAACUAUGCCAGAAAUAAAAAUAAUAUCACUUCACAACAAGAAUUCAAUCAAUUAUUUCAAUUAAAAUUGAUUUCGCAAUUUACAUAGCGUUACAUCUCAGAAGCUAUAUGAUAAAAGCAUUGAUUCGCUUGACAAUAUUACUAUAAAAAAACAUUGUAAAUUCUCUUUUUAAUUCUCAUGAUGUGAAUAUAAUUGCACUUCAUUUAAAGAGUACAAUAAGGAUUAUUAAAGUACAUCAAGAUAAACUGCAUUGUUAUGUAAAGAUUUCAAAUCUCUCAUUUCGAUAACAAUAUAUCUGUUCAAUAAUUACACAUCAUCGUCAUACGAUCGUUUGUUGAAACCAAAUUACAUGUAGACUCAUACGCCAGCUCGUGAAACUGUUCGAAUGUGAUUACAUAUCAGCAGAUCCUAAGGCACUACUCCGUUCGAUUUCGAUCGGAGACGUGAUCAUCGCAUCGCACUAAACCUCUCAUUAAAAAGUCACGGCACGAAAAAAAAGCUAUUGGAAGGACAAUCUCGAGUGGAUCGAGGCUAAAUACACUAUAAUAUCCUUACGUAAUCUCCUGUCCGGAUUUAACAAAACAACAAUGCGAUUGUAAGAGUCAUGAAAAUUACGCCGCGUUGCUGCUAUUGCAGACCCGCUACUUCGCUUCGCUAAUUGGGAUGGCGCGUAAUAUCGGGCGACAAUUUUUUUUUCUUUUUUUUUACCUCUCAAGCAUUUAACUUGUUUUUAGAUAUGACCAAAAAUAUGUAUACACAGUGCGAUACCUUUUAUACCUUUAGACAAGUGCAGCAAAAUAUCUAUGCGUAGGUGUUACAAUAUAUUGUAGUAAAUUUGUUGCGAUUACAUCACCAUCAUUUCUCUUGGUUUAUACAUUUUGUGAUAUUUGUGACGACCGUCAUACAAACGAAGAGAAGAAUUGCAUUAAGUGAAUUUCUAUUUUGUUGAUUAUUAAUUGAAAACUGAUUAAAUUAAUUGGGUUAUAUUUUCGUGAAAUACACAUUUUAGAUGUCCAAACAUUUGAAUGGCGACUCGAGAAAAUUGUGAGAUCUAUUCCAUUGCGUUCACCGUCACAUUUCGCAAUUUUGCAGACAUUAAUCGUAAGUUAGCAUAAUCAAUUAAUCCAUUUUGACAUUGUAUCGUAAGCCUUUCAAAUGCAAUUUUUGGCCGCUAGACUCGCGUAAAAUGUAAAACGUAAUAAUAUAAAACCAUUAAGAGACGUUAUAUACCACUAUAUAUAAUACAUGCGAGCACACGUUCGUAAUAAAGAUUUACAGAAAAAUCGGAGCCGCGUCAGAGAAGCGUAAAUCUAUUGUCAUAGCAAAACGUAUAUCAACAUUCGUGUUCGGAUAAUUUACGCUGCCGUUUCCGAUUAAAUAAUAAAUGAAGAAAAAGAUGAAAAAAGCGUUGAAGGAUAUUUUACACGCUGCAUAGCGUGAAUGCUGCAUAGGCAUACAUACGUACUUACACGCAAAAUUCAUGUACACGUGACACAAAAGUAAGAUUGUAUCUCAAGAUCUAUUGUGUUCGACAGCGAUCGCACCUGGUUAUUAGGCUCGGUCGCGGUCGAUCGAUCUAUUAUCUAUUAAGGCAGAAGAUGGAAGAGAUGAUAUGAACUUGUAUCACGUAACACAGCCCGCAUUUCUCUCGAGAUACUCAAUACUCGACUUGCCGCCUGAUUUACAAAAGUCGAUGUACAACGUUAUCGUUUUAUCCCGGUUUUAAAUGUUUAUUGUAUCAUAAGAUUGUAAUAUAAUCGUUGGGCCAAAUAAAGCUCGUUUUUUCGAUAUAA